AUGGAGGGCAUUACAAGACAGCACUUUUUCUUCCAUGACCAGCCGGAACAUGCUGCCGAAAAGGACUCUUGCCACUUCUGCCAGCUCCGCGCAUUUCCCAUCCAUAAUGACAACCCCGUCACCAUCGUCAACUCCAAUGACCAGGCCGCCAUUCCGCCCAACUUCCGCUUCAUUGACCGCAUGGUGCUAGGCCAGGGUGUCGAGCCGGCUGAGGAUAGUUUCCGCAGCGGAUGCUCCUGUACCAGUGACGGCGAGUGCCAGUACAUGGGGUGUCUGUGCCUCGCCGACUUAGAGGACCAAGAGAGCAGCAGCAGCGAUGAAGACGACAUCUACGCCAAUGGAGCUAAUGGAGAUGGACUAGAAGCAGGGCGUCCGGAAAAGGUCAAGGUGAAGAGAAAAGCCUACGCCUAUCAUACGCACGGGGCCAAAGCAGGUCUUUUACGGUCCAAGAUGCUCAACUCCAAAGAGCCGCUGUACGAGUGCCACGCAGGCUGCUCAUGCUCCAAAGACUGCCCUAAUAGAGUGGUUGAACGCGGGCGAACCAUUCCGCUGCAAAUCUUCCGCACCGACGACAGGGGAUGGGGAGUCCGUACCCAGGUAGCCAUCAAAAAGGGCCAGUUCGUCGACCGUUAUCUCGGCGAAAUCAUCACCUCAGCGGAAGCCGACCGCCGCCGCGCCGCCUCGGCCAUCUCCAAGCGCAAGGACGUCUACCUUUUUGCGCUCGACAAGUUCACCGACCCGGAGUCGCUGGACCCGCGCCUCAAGGGUCCGCCGCUGGAAGUCGAUGGCGAGUUCCUGUCGGGCCCGACGCGCUUCAUCAACCACUCGUGCGAGCCGAAUCUGCGCAUCUUUGCGCGCGUGGGCGACCAUGCCGACAAGCACAUUCAUGAUCUCGCGCUGUUUGCUAUUCGCGACAUCCCUCGUGGCGAGGAGUUGACGUUUGAUUAUGUCGAUGGGGUGACGGAGGAUGGAGGAGAGAUGGGGAGUGCGAAUCCGGGGGAUAUGUCCAAGUGUUUGUGUGGAAGCCGUAAAUGUAGAGGAUAUUUGUGGUGA